GUUCACUCGCUUUACGGAGAAACUGCCACAAAGUUCCACGCGGCAGCAGGAUACGGACACAACUCUUCGUCCGCCCCUCCGUGCUUCCGGUUUGCUUUGCUCUCUUACGUACUACUGUCGCGAUACGGCGUUACCAUAGUUACAGAAAACAGCUAUCGGAUCAUAUAGAAAAUCCCAGUUUCCCUGACAGUCCCAGUAUCCGCCCACUGUCAACAGAGAGAGAGAGAGAGAUCGGCCAGAGUCUCCGGACGCGUCAGCGAUCACCUGCAUCCAGGAAAGCGCAUCAGACAGCAGCCGUCCAUGUGUUGCGCGCUCCAGUCUGCUUGACAACAAAAAAAACAACCCCAAAACAUUGCAGGCCACCUACCAGAAGAUAAACCUCAUUAGACUAGAGGGUUUUAAUUUGUAGAUUUCACUGUGAAUUUUUAGGCAAUUAUGCAGGAUAAAGGCACAUUUAUCAGCCCUUUUCCCAGACCGCGGUGUCUGGCGGCAGCGGCGCCGGCGGGGAAAGCGAAAUUAACUCACCCUGGGAAGGCGAUUCUGGCAGGUGGAAUUGCAGGUGGUAUAGAGAUCUGCAUCACCUUCCCCACAGAGUAUGUCAAGACCCAGUUACAGCUGGAUGAGAAGGCCAAUCCACCUAAAUACAGAGGAAUAGGUGACUGUGUGAAACAGACGGUUCAGAGUCACGGUGUCAAAGGACUGUACAGAGGACUCAGCUCACUGCUGUAUGGCUCCAUACCAAAAUCUGCAGUCAGGUUCGGGGUGUUUGAGUUCCUCAGUAACCGUGCAAAGGACGAGUCUGGUCGACUGGACAGCACCAGAGGCCUGGUGUGUGGACUUGGAGCUGGGGUGAUGGAGGCUGUUUUGGUAGUCUGUCCCAUGGAAACCGUCAAGGUUAAAUUCAUUCAUGACCAGACUUCUGCAAACCCCAAAUACAAGGGUUUUUUCCACGGAGUCAGAGAGAUCGUCAGAGAGCAAGGACUAAGAGGGACAUACCAGGGUCUCACUGCCACGGUCCUCAAACAAGGCUCCAACCAGGCUAUUCGGUUCUAUGUGAUGACCUCUCUCAAAAACUGGUAUAAAGGUGAUAACCCCAACAAACCUAUGAAUCCCUUGGUAACUGGACUCUUUGGUGCCAUAGCCGGAGCAGCCAGUGUAUUUGGAAACACCCCACUAGAUGUCAUCAAGACUCGGAUGCAGGGUUUGGAAGCACAUAAAUAUAAAAGCACACUAGACUGUGCUGUGAAGAUCCUGAGAUAUGAGGGCUUGGCAGCUUUCUACAAAGGGACAGUUCCUCGCCUGGGCCGUGUUUGUCUGGAUGUAGCCAUAGUUUUCAUCAUCUAUGAGGAGGUGGUGAAGGUCCUGAAUGCAGUCUGGAAGACGGACUGAGCUGUUGCAGUGCAUAGAAAGGGUGGCAGCUUCCUGUUUCCCAGGCAUCAGACACAGAUCUGAGUUUAGCAGACUUCUUUAUAAAAUCAGCUGCUGAGGGGGUGAGACAGAGAGCUGAACUUAGAUCAGUGUCUUAUGCUAACCAGGAGGUUAAACAGCUCAGGGGCUGCAGAGAAGAAAAAAAGCCUGAUAAGAGGCUUAGUGUCGCUAACAUCUGGACAGCUGGAGUGUAUGCAGAGCUUUGAUGCUCAGCAUCAAGACACCUGAUAAAACCAAGGGUCAGCUUCACAAAGUGGGAUUAUAAAGUUAGCCAAAUAACUGUGAAAAAAAGAUGCUUUAUCCUUGAGAUUUAUCAUAUGUUUUUAAAUGUGAAACAAAACCUGAAAAUUAGGAUCAUUAACAUGAGUCCUUCAUGACUGCUUAUAAACAACAUUUUUCAAGUUAUCUUGUUCACUUUCUUUGUAAACCUGCUUUGUAGAAUAACCUCCCUGAGUGAAGAACAUUAUUUCUUGGUCACAGCUGUUUUACUGAUGUUUACUGCAAGUAUGCAGGUGUCAUACUGGAUUUUCUUGAGUUUGUGUUGCUCUCUGUCUCCUCUUGUGCCUAAUAUGGUUUUAAACCCAGAGGACCCAGACUGCAGCUGGUUGCAGUUUACAGUCACAUAAACUGCAGUAACUUCCAUAACUAAGCCUUUAAUAGAAUGAUUUUACAUUUAUGAUAUGCCAAUUAUUUUUAUACAGUGUAGAUUCUAAUUUUGUUUAUUACCAGCAUCAUAGUUUUAUUGUAAAGUAUUAUAUAUUUUAUUCCUGUGCCAAAUGCCAAAACGGUAAUACUAUGAAAGUGUGUUCAGAGUAAGAACAUAUCUAUAAGUCUGGUGAUCUUAUGAGCAAAUACUAGUAUGAUUCAUAUUGUGAAAUGCUUUAUAGACGUAUUUAUUGGAAGUUGAGUGAUGAAUGUUCAGAUGAUUGAGAGACUAUUUGUUGUUAACUUGUGCCAUGUUAAAUUUUUUUUUCAGUAAUCAGGUCUGGGUCAUAAAAUGUGUUUUUAGGUGUUAGGAAAAUAUUUUAUUGCUGUAUUUCACUGUGAGUUUAAAUGACCUAACAACACUGAGUCAUACAAGAAGUAACCUCAGACCUCCUUUUCCCUUUCAGUGGAAGUUUCAAGUUCAUCAGGUUAUAUCCUAAUGCCAGUUCUUGGUUGUUUGGUUGUUUGUCCUCUGUUUACAUUAGACGCAGUUUUAAUUCUCUGUGAUUCUUUGACAUAUAUCAGGUUGGGAACCACACCAGAAGCACACCAGAGCUUCCCAACCUGGGGGCUGAGACCCCUGCAAUUGGUACAAGGUAAAUUUGAGGGGUCACAAGAUCAUUCACUUGAAAGAACAGAAUAAAAGUAUUCUUCUUCUAUACAUAUUUAUGUUCAUUUGUUCAGGAAAUCACUCUUGGGUGGAACAAUUCAUAGACAUCAUAUAUAACCCGUGAUACAGGGUUGAGGGUAGGUAAUGCUUUAUUUACUGUAAAGGGGUCACCCACAAAAAAGUUUGAUAACCAGAGUCUCUUCAAAUCCAUUUCCAGUGCUGUUCUCUUCUGGUGCCGUGUUUUAUUCAGGGUUUGUUUUUAUUUCUCACUCAUGUGCCUUUCACUCUGCUGUUGUGUUUGUUGGUAAAUGCUACUUGAGAAAUAUCUUUAUCUAUCAUCUGUCUAUUAAACUCUUUUAUCAUCUUA